AUGUUUUAACAAGUUAUAUAGAAGAAUUGCUGUUAUCUGUCAGAGCAGCUAAAAAUUAGUGGGAAAUUCGGGCUUACUUCACGUCAAAGGAAACGGAACUCAAACAUAUCCUCAUUUCUCUUUAACAUGUCUCGUCUAUUUAAUAAUAAUAAGAAUAAUAACAAGUCACUCAGCAAUUUUAUGCUCCAUACUCUUCAAGCAACGAAAUCAAACUUCAGCUAAUGUUAUAUAGAGGAAUUGCUGUUACUUCAAACAUUUGACAGAUGGAUCUCAGAGCAGCUAAAAUAAGUGGGAAUUUCGGGUUACUGCCUCUGCACAAAAAGUUAGGAAGGCCAACUUCUAUACACAUCGGCAAGAAGAAGAAGAUGAAAAAAAUCUUUGUUAAUGCCGCCAGCUCGGGCGAAUCAGGGCCUGGGAGAAUGGUAGAUGAGGAUAUGUUAGUUUUGAAAAAAGGAGUGCAUUUGGUGAGAAUGGAGGAAAUAAAUAAUAUCCCUCCACAGAAGUCGAUGGAGUGGGGAAAAAAGUGGCAUUCAUAUGUGUGUUCUUCUUCUCUGAUGUGGCUGCAACACAUGCUGCUUAACACAAGACCCAGCGUUACCAUGGCUUCAAUUUCAUCGAGCUUGCCAACUUCUCUCUUUCUUCUCCUUAUUCAAUUCUCAAUUACUGUCAAUGGCGAGCAGACGUUGAGUUUCAAGAUCUAUAUUAAAUAAAUCUGUAUAAAUUUAAAAUCUUUUCAAAAUAUAAUAUAAUUGUAAAUAAGAUUUUAUUGUAUGAAUUUACAAACUUAUUUUCAAAUUAUGUCUUCAAAGAAAAUGGAAAACACAAUUGAAAAAAUGUAAGUUUUUUCCAAGUUAUGAGCAAUAUUGUCAUUUGUAUUGGCAUAUUUCUCUUAUUAUUGUAUCAGAGCUAUGAGGUUAUGUCCAGGAACAUUUGUGUUUGUUGA